CCGCUUUGGGACCAAGUGUGCGCGGUGUGGGCGCCAGAUCUUUGCGAGCGACUGGGUGCGGCGUGCGCGGGGCAACGCGUACCACCUGGCGUGCUUUGCGUGCUUCUCGUGCAAGCGGCAGCUCUCCACCGGGGAGGAGUUCGGCCUGGUCGAGGAGAAGGUCCUCUGCCGCAUCCACUACGACACCAUGAUCGAGAACCUCAAGCGCGCCGCCGAGAACGGGAACGGCAUCACCUUGGAAGGGGCUGUCCCGUCGGAGCAGGACAGCCAGCCCAAGCCGGCCAAAAGGGCCCGGACCUCCUUCACGGCGGAGCAGCUGCAGGUCAUGCAGGCCCAGUUCGCUCAGGACAACAACCCGGACGCGCAGACCCUGCAGAAGCUGGCGGACAUGACGGGGCUGAGCAGGAGAGUCAUUCAGGUUUGGUUUCAGAACUGCCGUGCGCGGCAUAAAAAGCACACGCCGCAGCACCCGGUGCCGGCCUCGGGAGGGCCCCAGCCCCGCCUGCCCUCGGUGCUGCCCGAGGACCUCCACUUCUCCCCCUUCAGCAACCCCGAGAGGGCCCGCAUGGUCACGCUCCACAGCUACAUCGAGAGCCAGGUACAGUGUGGGCAAAUGCACUGCCGCCUCCCGUACGCCGCCCCACCUGUGCACCUCAAGGCCGACAUGGAAGGGCCCCUCGCCAGCCGGGGGGAGAAGGUCAUCCUCUUCCAGUACUGACGUCCGGUGCUCCUCCCGACCUCUGGGCGAUUGUGUCGGCGGUGAUGCUGCUGCUCUUGGAUGACCACUGUCCCGGGCGUCUGGACCUCGCAGCCGGUCGUUGGUCUUCGCGACUGCCGUCUCCCCAGUCCCGUGCUGUGUUCAGUGAGCAAAGACAUCAAGGCGGAAGCAGCAACAACACAACCUACAAGCCCUGAGGAAGCGAGGAAGCGAGGAAGGGGGACUUGUGACGGUCAAGCCGAGGAGAGGCCGCCCGCCGACCCCUUGACCCCAUCACAGAAAGAAACUGAGCGGCCGAAGCCCUGACAUCCGUCCGUUGGUCAGUCUCUUCAGACCUGGGAGCGAAACCCUUACAAUUGGUAGCAGAGGGGUCAUUUCUCAAACUCUUCUCAACUCCAAGGGUCUUUUGCCCCCCUUCUGUCUAUAGGGUCUAUAGGGGAAGGAAAGAAAGAGUGGGGAGAGGGAUUCAAAUCAUCAGGACCCAGGUCAGGACAGAGCAGCCCAGAGACAGAUGGAGGGCCAAUUGGGGAACGUGCAACGAUAGUUAGCAGAGGCAUGUGGCAUCCAGAUUCCACCUGAACGUUAGGAAGAACUUCCUGACCGUAAGGAGAGAUGUUCAGCAGUGGAACUCCCCGCCUCGGAGUCUGGUGGAGGUUUUGAAGCAGAGGCAAGGUGGCCAUCUGUCAGGGCUUAGCAGGCAUGGGCCAACUCCAGGUGUUUUGGACUCCAACUCCCACCAUUCCCAACAGGCUAUCCCUCAAAGUCCAGUGAAUGUUAUCAAAUGCCUUCUCUGCAUCCAAGAGCAUCCCAGUGAAUGUUAUCAAACGCUUUCUCUGCAUCUACCCGGGUUGGUGUCAUACUAGGAAUCAACUGGGUUACAGCAGCGUUUUUCAACCUGGGGGUCGUGAGAGGGGUCUCAGGGGGGUCACCGAAGACCAUCUGACAACACACAUUUCUGAUUCUUAGGAACUCAAAUCCCUCCGGUAUUUUCUGUUGGUCGUGGGGGUUCUGUGUGGGAAGUUUGGCCCAAUUCUAUCCUUGGUGGGGUUCAAGGGGCUCUUUGAUUGUAGGUGAACUAUAAAUCCCAGCAACUACAACUCCCAAAUGUCAAGAUCUAUUGUCCCCAAACUCCACCAGUGUCCACAUUUGGGCAAAUUGAGUCUAUUUGUGCCAGGUUUGGUCCAGGGAAUGAAAAUACAUCCUGCCUAUCAGAUAAUUACCUUACGAUUCAUACAGUUAUGAACAUAAUUUUACGGUUGGAAGUGUCAUCACAACAUGAGGAACUGCAUUAGGGAGGUGGAGAACAACGGGGUUCCAGGGACGAGUCCUGGCUGCAGGUCGCUUCCCCAAAAGUCUGGGGCCCGGCGGAAGGGGAACGGGCCGGUUGUUUUGUUCGUAGCGUGUGUUGCGAUUGUGCAUGUCCUUGGCCACAGCGGCGAAAACUAUACCUUUCCUGAAGAGUGGAUAUUUAUUUUGAUGAGAGAUUGAAAGAGCGAGAGAGAGCGAGAGAGAGUGACUGAAUGGGUGCGAAACGUAAAGCACUUUCCGAGCCGUAAAAAAACCCGACGUCUGCUUUUGUUUUGGUUUUUUCGUUACCCGUGCUUUGUAAACGUCUCAUUUGUGUAAUAAAUAAAAGUUAUCGCAAGCUCAAA